GAGCCGCGGUGGUGCAAGAUCCUGGGGCUCUGCAACUUGGGGGACCCCGGGGUGACGCAGCUGCUGCGCGCCGCAGAGGAGGACCCCUUCGGGCAUCCGUGGGAUAUGAUGUCCCGGGAGCUGGCGCGCCUGAAGCUGGAGACCUUUGCGUUGCUGCUCUGCACCGAGCCGGUGGCCGGGUGCCUCAUGUUGCGCCGGCUGAGCGUCCAGCAGGGCAGGCCGCUGCCGAUGCUGGGCUACUUCGGCGUGGCGCUGCUGAACGGCUGCCCGCCCCAGGACGUGCCGACCUUCUGGCAGAACUUUGGCGAGCUCUUCGUCCCAAACGCCCGGGUGAGGCUGGCGACCAACAACCUCAUCCUCUCGGAGCAGAUUUUCUACCAGAGCGGCCAGCGGCUGCCCUAUGUGCGGGCGCAUGGGCUCUACACGGAGGUGUUCUACACCCCGCAGCUGCUGAACCAGGUGCUCUUCUGGAGGCGGGGGGAGGAAGGCCAAGUGGGAGAGCGGGACCACGCUGGCCAAUGCGCGCCGGCGCCGCCUCCGCGGGUGACGCUGGAGCCGCCAAAGUCAGCGGCCCAGGCCGCGCGCCAGGCCGCGGCGCCCGAGCCGCGCGAGCGGUUGCUGCGGCGGGGCACACGCCGGGGGACCAGGAGUCUCGAGGUGGAGGAGCCUGAUCUGCAGAUCACCUCGCGCACACCCACACCGACUCCCCCGCCCCAGCCGCUGACCGAGGAGCGAGCUUGCGAGCCGGAGCGGCGGCCCGAGCCGACGACGCCGAGCCUGGCGAGCCGGACCAGCCGGCCGCGCCCGGCGCCGAAGUGCGAGCCGGAGCGGCGGCCCGAGGACUUGCAGGAGCUCCGCAUCGGCCAUGCCCCGACUCCGUCGACUCCGCCUGCGGGCUCGAGGACCUUCCGGCAGGGGCUGAAGCGGCAGCUCGCCAAGGAGUUCGAGCCCAUGCGGGAGCUGGUGAGGGGCAACACGCUCUCGCGGGAGGCAUUGUCAACCUUCGAGCCUUUCGAACCUUCAUUCCCCGCGAGCACUGAGCACAGCGCCAGCCCGAGCGAGAGCCCGAUGAGCCGGGUGUACACGCGGACGCAGAGCAUCGAAAACGUUCCAGAUGCACCCCCGGUGCGCGACUGCUCUCCGCUUAGCGGCGAGCAUGAUGAGCGGAAAGAUGAGCUGCAGGAUGAGCUUCAGGAGCUCAACCUGGAGGACGAGCUGGAAGAUGAGUUUUCCCAUGAGCCCUACACGGAGAGCGGCGAGCUCUCGGCCGAGCUCACAAAGGUCUCCAGCGGGCCCGAGGAGACCGCCGCCCGGCGCAACAACUCCGCGGCGAGCCUAAACCGCAGCCACAGCCCGCACGAGCAGGAGGCUCGGGAAGAUCGCAGCGACAAGCUGAAGAUGAUGGCCGCGAAGGCCUUCGCGGGUGCCACGCCGAGCCUCUGGAAGGAGCCGCCGGCUGAGGGCGAGUCCAGUGAGGACAAGCCGCGGCGCAGCUGCAGCGUCAAGAGUGAGUUGGGCCUCAGCCGCAGCCCCAAGCGCAGGACUUCCAAGGGCGCGGAGUCGCCCAACAGCUGGAACCGCCAAGUCUCGGCGCCCGCGGGCGCGGGGGCGGGCGCUGGGAGCCCCGAGCGUCCCCGGCGCAGCAGCAGCUCCAAGAGCGACGCGCUCUCGCCGAGCCGCGGGGGCAGCCGCCGCGGCAGCAGAUCCUUGGGCAGGAGCCCCAGCGGGUCCCCGGAGAGUCCGGAGGAGCGGCGGCGGCGGCGGCAGCAGCGGCUCAAGGCGCGGCUGGCUGCCACGAAGCGCUCCGCGCCCCGGAGGGUGGGCGGCAAGGUCUCCUUCCUGCGGAAGGCCUGGAGCCACGCGCGCUACGCGCUGCUGGGCCUCGCAGAGCCCCAGGUGCCGAGCGACGAGGACCCCCGAGCCCCGGGGCUGCGGGGCUGGGACGCGGCGCGAGCGCUGUGCAUAGGCACGGGGCAGGCGCUGAACAACUCCAAGCGCCUGAUGCGGGUGGUGCGCCAGGCGGCUGAGGAGGCGUAUCACCGGCACUGCCUGCAGAAAGCCAUCGUCGAGGAGAUUGGCACCAUGCUGCGGGGAAGUAUGGCUUCAGUGACGCAGGAGAUGGACGAGAGCAUCGCCAACAUCUUGUUUGAGAUCACCAAGCUGCAGAUGGUGGACAUGGCGGAGGUCGGGGCCUUGCUCUGCGAAGCGGUGCUGAACCCGGACGACAACACGGCGACGCACCCCACUUCCCUGCGCAUUUUGCGAGACGAGCUGCUGCUGCACAUCCAGAGCAGCCCCAACCCCGAGGAGAUGCUGGGCAUGGACGAGGAGCACAUCGAGAGGCUGGUGGACGAGAUCAUGUGGCAGGUGGAGGAGCUGCAGUGCCAGCUCAAAGAGUCUGCCAAGCUCUCCCUGGGCCAAACGCACACCUCGAAGCUGCGGCAUAUGACUUCCCGGCUCAGCGGCGUGGGAAUUCUCGAUGACACCCCAGAGCGCCGGGAGAGCGUUGCCAGCAUCCUGGAGCGCGUGGAGAGCACGCGUGCGCGUGCGCCUCUUGACGCGGCGCCCACUCCCUCCCUGGAGCUGGAACUCCGCGUGCCCAAGGUGUCGCCUGAGCCUGCAGCUCCCUUGGGGUCGCACCCGCCGCCAGUGCAGAAGCAGAAGACGCUGCCCCUGCCGGCGUUUGUGGGCAACAAGCCCAUGUCCCACGGCUCUUUGUCCGAGAUCAUCUCCCUGGGCUCGCGAAUGUCUUCCGCGGCCUCCACCGCCGCGGUAAGCGGCUGCGGCGAGCAGGCGGAGGAGCGGGGGCGCACCCAUAGCCGCGCCUCCGAGCGCUCAGCCUCCAGACGCUCGCGGGAGACGGUGAAUUGGCCGGAGACCUGGGGCUACGUGGAGGUGUCCAAGCGCUCCGUGCUCUACGCCGCCAUGGCGGCCUUCCCCCGAAUGAAGCAGUUGCCGGCGGUGGUCGCGACGAAUCCCGGGCCUCGGCGGGAGCUGUCGCCCUCUGGGCGCGUGCUGCCCAGCUUGGUGCUGCCCAGGCCGCUGAGCCCGGCCUCCCGUCGCCUGCUCUCCGACUCCGUGUCCGCGUCCGUGCCCGACGCGAAUGUGAGCCAGCUAGGGGUGGCCUAA